UUGUCUUCCGAGACAGACGGAUGCCAACAUUCUGAAAAGUGCCAUUUGCAUAAUCAAUUCCAACGAAAAUUUAACCAGAUGCCAACCAGCUCUGGUUUGUUAAGACACAUUUCUCUGUUCUAAAAAUCUUCCAAUUACUGUCAAUCCUCAAUGUGUCCAUCUUAUCGUUUCUUCACUUUAUUUUCAGACGACGUUGCCGGACUGAAUGAAGCUGUUGCGGAAGGAGCAAAGACAAUCUCCGAGCUUGAGAGGGCCAAUAAGCGUCUUGAGCUGGAGAAGGAGGAGCUUAAGGCGGCGCUGGAGGAGGCGGAGGUGGAGAAAGGCAAGGUGAUACGUCUUAACUGGGAGCUUAAGGCGGCGCUGGAGGGGGCGAAGAUCAGUCUGGAGGUUGAGGAAGGCAAGGUGUUACGUCUUAACCUGGAGCUCAGCCAGCUCAAGAAGGCCAAUAAGCGUCUUGAGGUGGAGAAGGAGGAGCUCCAGGCGGCGCUGGAGGAGGCGGAGAGCAGUCUGGAGGUGGAGGAAGACAAGGUGUUACGUCUUAACCUGGAGCUCAGCCAGCUCAAGGCGGACAUCGACAGGCGACUCGCUGAGAAGGAGGAGGAGUUCGAGGUCACACGUAAAGGCCACUGGCGUGCCAUCGAUAGUAUACAGGCGUCCCUGGAGGCGGAGGCCAAGGCCAAGGCUGAGGCGCUGAGGACCAAGAAGAAGCUGGAGAGAGACGUGAUCAAGUUGGAAGUGCAGCUGGACCGCGCCAACUGGGCUAACUCUGGGGUGAUCGGCAAGCUCCAGGAUCAGGUUAGGGACAUGCAGAUCGUCAUCGACGAGGAGCAGCGCAUGCGCGGAGAGUUCCGGGAGAUCCUGACUGUAACGGAGCGCCGUGCGCAGGCGUUUGCGCACGAGAUGCAGGAGACCAAGGCGCACUGGGAGGCCUUGGAGAGCUCGAGGGGCAGGAAGAUCCAGAAAUUGCACCAAGAAGAAUAAAGACGCCAAAUCUCAAGUUUCCCCUUAUUGUUUAUCUGCAUGCCCAAAAGAAAGCGACUCAAAACAAAUAGACAACUUAAAGUUUCUGUAAACUUCAUAUACAUUUGUAUCUCAGCAUCGAAACAUAAUUCACUGUUUUCAUUCUCAUACGUAACAGAUAAGAAACUUGUAGCUUGUAACUUGAUAUGGUUAUGGAGUAUUCACUGGCAUAAUGGAAGGUAGCAAAGUGAUUGGUAAAAAUACUUUGGUAAUUAAGUUCGACAGAUGGCUAGUUAUGACUUCAUGGUUAUAGACUAGUUUUCAUGUGACUGAGCAGCUUUAUAACGUGCAACUUUAUGCACCCGUUCAGAAAACCCGAAUGAAGAAACCUUCUGUACUGAAGCUAGUUUGCAGACAUGGCAAUCAGAGAUAGAAAUCUUCACCAGAAUAUUCAGAAACUACGUUGCCCCCCUUACACACACGCGGGCGCGCACGUACGCAAACACAUACACAAACGCACGAACACACACGCAUACACACACACACACACACACGCAUACCGCAUACGUGUACACACACACACACACACACACACACACACACACACACACACACACAGACAUACACAAUCAAACACACACACACACACACACACAUACACACACACACACACGCAUACAGGCACGUACAAACAGUACUUCAGUCCCUUAAGUUUAGAUCUGGUUUGGAAUCACCGGAGUGUCACCGGAUGGAUGAACUGAACUGAACUUGGAAUCUGAAGCAUCUGUUACAUUUACGGUUCAGCGCUUGGUAUAUUUGGCAUGUCAACAACGCCAAGUUCACCACCC